UUGGGUCACGGACGACCAUAAGAGCACGUAGAAGACUAUGCACCAACCCGACAGCUAAUAGAAUAAUAAUGGCUCAAGCAAACUUUUAUGAAAUAACAGAACCAGAAAACAGGCAAAUGAUCGAUACAUUCGGCAUGGAAAUAGAACUAACUACCUUUAAGAGUAACAUAAAAGAACCGGUCGGCGAGGCGACACCCGACGAGUCACAAGACCCGGAACCCUCGAUGAGACCGGAAGUUCAAAACCUGGGUAUUAUUUGUGCAGGCAAUGACUCGAACAACUGGGAUAAAAUAGUUUACAUCAAGCACUAUUUGAACGAAAAACCUCAGUUGAGUGACAGCCAUCGGACUAUUGGUGUGGGAUCAGCUUCAAAGAAUCUUCACUCUCCUGAUUAUUCAUCCCCAGAUAAAGCACUCAAACUGCGAUUCGUUGUGAUUGGUGAAUAUGUAUUUGAUAGGAUGGUCAAAGCUUUCGUGAAUCAUGCACUCAGUGCGACUGAGAUCAUUGGAGUGAUGGUUUUCUGGGGACCGAAGAACCCUAGCUCUCUUGACAAUGCGGUAGAAUGGAAAAACAGAAUCCAGGAAGUGUUACCAGCGGAAAUACAAGACCACCCCCCCUUCGUCUUAAUCACUGACAAUAUUUCUUCUGUGGAGUGGAUCGGUAGUGGGAAAAUCAUGGAAAGUGUAGAAGCGAUGGACAUAUUUUGUAAGGAUAACGGGUUUGCCAAGUGGUUUGAAAUACUGAAGAGUGACUGGAGACUUGGAGAGCAGAAUGAGAUUGGCAGGCCGAUUGAUUGGCUUCUAAGACAGGCCCUUGAUGUAAAACAGUCAAGUGUUUGACACGGAGCAGAAUCGAGUGUUACACUGGACAUUUAAAAGUUCAAAGCUCCUAAUAAUGUUGGUGAUGAUGAUAUAAACAUAGUUCUCAAAAUAAUCAUAAUAGUGGUGAUGAUAAUAAUACUGUGAUAGUGACGGGGUGUACUGAAUGCGCAUAUUCAUGACACGUUUUAGAUGCACAUGAAGAAAAAAGGAGUAAAAAAAGGAAUAACUGCCAUUGAUAUUUAAGUCAAUUUUUAUGUUAUUCGCUACUAAUGUUUUUCUUAGAAAAAGUAAUCUUGUAUAAACCUAGUCAUCAAAGGAGCAAUUACUGAGAGCACGCGCAUUUUUCUGAUUCUAGUGUCACAUUUUUUUUAAAUCUCAUAAACUUUAAAUAAACAUUACGCAUUCA